AUGUCAUCAGUUCCCCAAUACUCGAGUCUAGACAUGACUGACACCUGCCGCUGCAAGACCGAAUGCAACUGCCCUUCGGAUGGCUGUCAAUGCGCGCCGAAGUGUGGUUGUGACUCUGGUUCCCACUGUAAACCCAAGCCGGAUCCCGCAUGUGGCAACCCUCACGACGCUAUCCCUUUCCUUCGCGCCUACAAUCCGAAGUGGACCGAUCAUUUCUACACUACCGAUGCUGCCGAGAUGAAACACGCCGUGGCUGACCUCGGCUUCACGGCCGAGGGCAAUGCCGGCUACGUCUUCAAGACCCAGGUGGGGGCGACGAUCCCGCUCUACCGCCUGUACCAGCCGACGGCCCUAGACCAUUUCUACACGACAUCCGAGUUGGAGAAGGACACGGCCGUCGCCAAGGAUGGCUAUGUUUUCGAGAGCAUCAUAGCCUAUGUGUACGAUUCGCAGAUCUGCGGCAGCAUCCCGCUCUACCGCCUCUAUAACGCUGCCGUCAUCGACCAUUUCUACACCAUAUCGGCGAGCGAGAGGGUGAACGCAGCCAAGUCGGAUGGCUAUACGGAAGAGGGCAUCGCCUGUUACGUGUUGCCAGACAAAGCUUGA